AGGCAGGGACAGGGAGCAAAGCAGCAGAGAUGGAGCUGUACCAGGUGCCCGCGGGCUCACUGGAUGCCUGGAUCGCGGAGCAUCUCCAGCCCAGCGAGGAAUUCCAGCUGCAGGUGAAAGACAUUGUCCGGAGGAUCUGUGAUUUCCUGAAGGAGACGUGCUUUGACGACAUCAAGGUGUUCAAGACGGUGAAGGGCGGCUCCGCAGGGAAGGGGACGGCCCUGAAGAACAAUUCGGAUGCGGAUCUGGUCCUUUUCCUCAGCUGCUUCUCCAGCUACCGGGACCAGAUGGAGAACCGUGCGGCUGUGCUUGACACCGUCAAGCAGAAGCUGAACCGGUGCCGACAGACCAUCGCCUUCAGCGUUGACGUGGAGGUUUCCCAGCCGAAGGAGAAGGGCACCUGCCCGCGCUCGCUCUCCAUCACCAUCCAGUCGAAGAGGCGGUCGGAAUCCAUCGAGGUGGACGUGCUCCCGGCCUACGAUGCCUUAGGGCUGGUGACUCCUGGCAGCAAACCUUCCCCCCAGGUCUAUGAGGAUCUGAUUCAGGCCGGAGCUGGGCCCGGUGAGUUCUGCACCUCCUUCACCGAGCUGCAGAGGGACUUCGUUAAGCGUUGCCCGGCCAAGCUCAAGAACCUGCUGCGGCUGGUCAAGCACUGGUACAAAGAGCUUUCCAAGACAACGUCGGGCUUGCCCCCCAAGUAUGCCCUGGAGCUCCUGACCAUCUACGCCUGGGAGAGCGGCACCAAAGGGGCGGAGAACUUCAGCACAUCCGAGGGGUUCCGCACGGUGAUGGAGCUGCUGUGCCGGUACCAAGAGCUCUGCGUCUACUGGACCGAGUUCUACGAUCUCCAGUCCUCCGUGAUAGGGCCCCAUGUCAAACGGCUGCUGCGGGAGCCGUGCCCCGUGAUCCUGGAUCCAGCCGACCCGACGGGAACCUUGGGGCAGGGAAAAAGCUGGGCCCUGCUGGCGAGAGAAGCCGCCGUGUGCCGGGACCAGCUGUGCUGUAGGAACGGCCUCGCCCCCAUCCGCUGCUGGGAUGUGCAGCCAGCCAGACCCAUGCAGGUGACGGUGAAGCAGCUCUCAGGGGUCAGCCUGGCCCUGCGGCUGAGCCCAUACACUACCAUAUGGGAGAUUAAGGAGGAGCUCGAGCGUGCAUGGGGCAUCUCUCCCUACACGCAGCGCCUGGCCCUGCAGGAGCCUGGCCUGGGAAACCAGCUGCUGCUGGACGAUCAGACCCUGGCAUCACACGGCAUCUUCUACGACACCACUGUUCUGAUGCUCAUGACCGAGCCCCAGGAGAUGGAGAUCUUCGUGAAGGACCAUAACAGCAGAACCAUCCCCUAUGGCGUCCGCGCCAGUGACACCGUCCUGGGCCUGAAGAAGAAGAUCGAGGAUCGCACGGGUGUCUCCGCCAGCCAACAGCGCCUGACGUUCAACAGCAAAGAGCUGCAAGACGACUACACGCUUGCCCAUUACAGGAUCCGGAGCAAGAGCACGGUCUACCUGCUUUUGCGCCUCAGGGGUGGGUAAGAUGCUCACUGGGUCACUGGGACCUGCACCCCGGCAGAGAGAGCAUCACAGUGGACUAUGUUUCCCAAGAUUCUUUGCAUGAUAAUUCAGGGCUUUGCUAAUGCCCCCUACGUUCCAGAAUCAGCACCGCGUCCUUUUGUAGUGCCAGCCCAUCCCCACGCCUCCUGCUGCAGCUCCUGGGAGCUCUUUCCCGCCGCUCCAUGGCCCGUUUCAGGACGUACUGCCCCCAGUGCAGAGCUGGGUGCUGGGCGCCCACCAGACAUUGUUCAUUAAUCCCCUUCCUCCUCCCUGUCUUCCUAGGCUGAGUCUUAGAACCGGAUCCCAAAAUGCCACCCUCUCGGUUUGAGGCUGGCGACAGAGGCUGCCUGUGAGGGGAAGAGCCCAGUGGACCCCCCAGUGGAGGGGGAGAUAGUGAGGAUGUGGCAGAUGAAGGAGGGAUGUGGGGGCCAUGGGGGACAUUCAUACACCCCUAUCCAUGCCCCCAUUGAUGACCACACAAAGGGUUAAUUAUAUGGGGGAAAACUCUCUGUCCUGCCUGCUGCCCCCCAACACUUAGCAGAGAGGAUGAGCAGCCAAUGGCAGGUGCAAUGCCAGGAUCAGCCAGCAGGGGGAGGCAAAGGGAAGCAUCCAGCUUCCCUCCUGUGCCCUCCUGCACACAGCAGCACUGGCUGCAUCAAGGGCGGGGGGGCUCACUCUGCAGCAUGGCCCCCCACAUGUGCUAUAAUGUAUAUUCUGCUUGCUGUAUUUUUCACUCCAUGCAUCUGAUGAAGUGGGUUCUAACCCAUGAAAGCUUAUGCCCAAAUAAAUUUGUUAAGUGUC